ACAUGCCUGCCAGAGCGUAAUUUGUCGAUCGACGGAUCGAUCCACGGUCAUGGCAAAGAAGGAAACGUUUCGCGAGCGACAAGAAAACGAGCUAGAAGUGAUAAAGUCCAUUUUUCACGAUGAAGUUGAAGAUUUGCGUCCAAAAACAGGGAAGUGGAAACCAUUGGAGCUUCGGUUGCAUCUCACACCGCAAAGAGGAUCUGCUAAGGAGGCGUACGUGAAGGCGGAUAUGUACGUCACCUGCUCGCCAAAGUAUCCCAAAAGCCCACCGAAGCUAGAGCUAAAGAAUGCCGUUGGACUUUCGGACAGUCUGGUGCGUGAGCUUACCGAGAAGCUGCAACAGCUGGGGGAGAAACUGAAGGGUGAGGUGAUGAUUUUCGAGCUUGCCAAUACAGUACAAGACUUUCUGCAUAAGUACAAUGUACCACCGAAGGGUAGCUUCUACGAUGAAAUGUUGGCCAACCAGCAGAAGCAAGCGCUCGCGCGCCAAAACACGUUGCAGGCCGAAGAAAAUCUGAAGCGCCAAGCGAUACAAGACGAGCUUCAACGGCGCAAAAAGGAACUCGAACGUACGAGACGGGAAUCACGGCAAAGCUUGAACGAAUCCAGCCCCAUGCACCGGCUGCACUCCACCUCAUCUACCGAGAACAGUGACGGUGCCUUUUGUAUCGAGCAUCGCCGUAGCGAAAUGCUUUUUUUCCCCGAUGGGCGGAAAGUGCUUCGAAGCUGUUGUUUAGGACAUUCCCAACGUGGUUGUAUUGCGUACGCUGGGAUCGAUCAGCAAACCGGUGAGCUAGUUUAUCUUACCGAGUGGACACUAUACUACGAUGUCGAAUCGCCCGCUGAAAGCCGAACCAUUCGAGGCCGACCGGUGGAUUCGGUUGUGGGAGAAAUGGAGCGAUUGCUAGAAAGUCUAAUCCCACUGAAACAUAAGCACCUGAUUGCCUACGGAGGGCUGCUGAGCCGAGUAGGCAAGGAAGCGUUGACGUUGAUUGUAGUGCAGGAAUUUAUCCUUGGGACGAGUGUGUUCAGUAUUUCGGGCUCUCUGGGUUGGAGCGUCGAGGGAGCCAGUAUGGUGGCAAAGGGAACACUCGAGGCAUUGAUCUAUCUUCACAACAAUGGCGUUUCACACGACAAUCUAUCUGAUUCGACCGUGUUUAUGGACAAUGCGUGCAUGGUACGUGUGGCCGACUUUCGCCUGAUACCGUACAUUCAAGAAUUGGGCGAUGGACAUCACUUAAUGCAUCAAUCGCUUCGCAGUCCAGAUAUGCCUGCCCUGGGAGGACUGAUCGAAGCGCUGCUGGCGCCUCACUCGGAGAUGAAAGAUUUCAUCGAAAGAUGUAAAUCGGAACGAACCAUCUCGGCGACCGAACUGCUUGACCAUCCCUUUCUCCGACCUACACUGUUGUUGCACACGGAUCCUGCUAUGGGCCAUCAGCAGCAGCAAUAUCAGCAGAACCACCAACAACAGCAGAAUCACCAUUACAUGCCACUCGUAAUGAAUGGAGCUGGUUCCGGGCACGAAAAGUCACGCAUUCAGACCGAGUUUGAAUUGCUUUCAUAUCUCGGCAAGGGUGCGUACGGAGAUGUGUUAAAGGUGCGCAACAAGCUUGACAAUCGGGAGUAUGCGAUCAAGCGUAUAAGGCUGCCGGCUCGAAGCAAACAAUUCUACAAGAAAAUGAUCCGUGAAGUAGAAUUGCUUUCGCGGUUAAACCACGAAAAUGUCGUCCGCUAUUACAACAGCUGGAUGGAGGCUACGAGAGCAACGGACAGUAGUACAGUAACCGAUACGGAAGGAGAAAUGGGUGGUACGCUGAGCAGUUGCGAUUGGUCGGUAGCUAGCCGUGGGACGAAGAGAAAAACGGGCCGACGGAGCACUACUGUUACUGCUGGUGGUCCUGACGUGGUAAAGAAAACGAUCAGCGAUAAGAACAUCGAUUGCUUCGUAGACUUUAUGCCAAAUGACUCGAGCAGCGAUGACGACGAUGAUGAUGACGGGGACGAUAGCUCGGGAGGUAUAGAAUUCGUCGGAUCUAAUGGUGAAGCACCAUCGUACAACAGCUAUGGAGAGGAUGCGAUAGAAAAUGGUACUGGAGGAGAAAGCAACAGGCAGCUGCCACUUGUCACUACAACACCCUCCCUGCCCGAGGCGCUUUAUAUGUACAUCCAGAUGGAGUUUUGCGAGAAGAGCACGUUGCGGACUGCGAUCGAUGGGGGUCUGUAUCAGGAUACUGACCGCGUCUGGCGCUUGUUCCGCGAAAUCGUGGAAGGGCUAAGCCACAUCCAUCAGCAGGGAAUGAUUCACCGGGAUUUGAAGCCGGUCAACAUUUUCCUCGAUUCGCGGGAUCAGGUAAAGAUAGGCGACUUUGGUCUAGCGACAACGAGCAUUCUGGCCCUACAGAAUCAAGCCCAUCAAAACGGUACGCCUGAUGCGACAUCGUCCGACAUCGGUUACUCGUUGACUGGGAAAGUGGGUACCGCUUUGUACGUUGCUCCAGAGCUUACCGGCAAUGCGUCACGUUCUACGUACAACCAGAAAGUGGAUCUGUAUUCCCUCGGUAUUAUAUUGUUUGAAAUGAGUUCGCCACCAUUGAGCACUGGAAUGGAGAGAGUGAAGACAUUGAUGGAUCUACGCUUGAAAGACAUUCGAUUGCCCGAAACGCUCGUUUCCGACACAAGCUAUAGCCGAUUGGUUCAGGUGAUCCGUUGGCUGUUAAAUCACGACCCACAGAAACGUCCCACAGCGGAAGAAUUGCUCUGUUCGGAGCUUGUUCCCCGUACACGCCUAGAAGCGGAAGAAAUACAGGACAUCGUGAGACACAUACUAUCGAAUCCACAAUCGCGCCAUUAUAAGCAUCUUAUUGCGCGCUGCUUCGCCCAGGAAAGUGAUCCCGUGUGUGAGCUAAGCUACCACUUCGACAUGGUACCGAUGGUACCGAUACUGCCACGAUUCGAUUACGUUAAAGCGAAACUGGUCGCUCUCUUCCGGAAGCAUGGUGCAAUCGAGAUCGUUACGCCAUUGCUGACGCCAUACACAAAACAGCACGCUUCUUCCCGGUCGAGCACGGUGAAGCUAAUGACGCACUCGGGAAGCGUUGUGACGCUGCCGGAUGAUCUUCGCGUGUCCUUUCUGAGGUACAUUGCGCUAAAUGGCAUCAAAAACAUUCGCCGCUAUUCGAUUGGGCGUGUGUACCGCGAAAAGAAGGUGUUCAACUUUCACCCUAAGCAGCUGUACGAGUGUGCGUUCGAUAUUGUCACUCCUAGCAGGGGACAUCUCAUCAUUGAUGCGGAACUACUCGCCAUCGCUACCGAUGUAAUGCGUGAGCUAGAUUUGCUACAAGGACGAAAUGUUUUCUUCCGGCUGAAUCACAUCGGAUUGUUGCGAGCGAUCCUGAUGCAUUGCAACGUACCGCAGGACAAGUAUCGCGAGCUGUUCGAGAUUGUGGCCGAGUUUUUGGAUGAAAAAAUUUCGAAAUUUCAACUUUCUUCCCUUGUGAGCGCUCUGAUGGGCGGAAGCACGGCGAAGGUUAAUGUGAGCUAUUUAUGUGACGCCUUGCAGUUGGAACUUUCGUCUGUCGGUUUGCUGGGAGGUAGUGUGCUGAAGAGCAUCAUCCGUGGCAAGGGGGAAGCAGCUAGCUUAGCGAAGGUAGCUGUCCGAGAUCUGGAAACGGUGGUCGCUGCAGCUCAAAAUAUGGGCGUACAGUGCCCACUGAACGUGUGUCCUGGUUUGCCGGUGAAUUAUGAGCGCGCAGAAACAGGCGGUAUCGUUUGGCAGAUGCUGGGCGAGCUGAAAUCAAAGCGUAAAAAUCCACUCACAACAAUCGCACUGGGUGGACGGUACGAUGGCAAGCUAGCAGAGUUCCAGAAAUCCGGAAUACACAAUGGUCUGCAGGUGCCGAAGGUGGAGUUAAGCGGGGCCGGGUUUUCCUUCAUGCUAGAUAAGCUCGUCAAUGCAGUUGCUCCGUCAGUCGGAUAUGAACCGAUCGAGGUAAUGAUUUGUGUUACCGGAUCUCGACCGCAGCUUAAGGAGGUCGCCCAAAUCCUGCGCCCACUCUGGUCGCACGGUAUUAAAACAUGCGUCAUUGAGACAAGCGCUGGAGCGGUGGACGAUCUGGGCAAGGAAGCCGGUGCCAAUGUGGUCGUGCUUCUGGGAGACGGCGGAGAACUGCGCGUACGUUCCUGGAACCAUGAUCGCUUUCAAGAACGCCACGUUACUCGACCCGAUUUGAUGGCAUACGUUCUGCGCACGUUCCGUCGAUCGGAUGUCGCGGCGGGUGAAAUGUCCCAAACCCUACAAAACACCUCCCUGAGUGGAUCGUCCACAUCCGCCUCGUUUUCUUACUCAUCCUCCUUCACAGCCACCUCAACUUCUGCCUCGAUGAAGCUCAGUUCUGGUGCAUCAGCUGCUGUUUCCAGUCAACAGCAACCAAUCCACACUGCUCCAGCACUAAAUCUCGUGUUUCUUACCAGCGAAAAGAUAAAUACGAGCAAAAAGCGCCGCUACGAGCAUCAAGUCGAGCAUAAGCUGACUCCCGUACUGACCAAGUUUCAUCGCAAGGAAAAGGUUACGAUCAUUAUGGUGGAUGUACCAAGCGCACCACUGCGAGGGUUGGUUGGUUUGAUUGAUCCACUCGAGUGUGGAUCGCAGGAGGAGGACGAUUUGCUGCAAGGAGCAGCUACCGAUCGUGCAGAACUGCAGGGCCUGUGCGAACGAUAUCCCAAGUACAAGAAGCAGCUGAUGGAGAUUUACGACGAGAUUGUUGACCUGUUUGCCCAAAGCAAGGGAACGACACCUAUCGUCGGUUUGUACAGUGUCGUCGACACAUUCUGUCGAUUGAUUCUGUGAGAGA